AUGAUCGAAAACGAAACAAUACAGAGUAAUUAUACUCAUUCACAAUUAUUGAAUAAUGAUAGUAUGGAACCAAUAACGAUACAUAUUGAUGCAUCAAGUAAACAAAUACCUAAACAUCCUGUACAAUUUACAUCUGAAGAUUUACGUAUACAUCUUGAACCAAUUAUUCACAAAAUGAUUGCUUCGGAAUAUUCAUAUUCAUUUCAAAAACCAGUUGAUUCUAUUUCACUGAAAAUACUUGAUUAUCCAACAAUAAUUAAACAUUCCAUCGAUAUAUCAAUCAUACAUAAUAAAUUAUUACUUGGAGAAUAUAAAAAUCCAUUAGAAUUCUCUGAUGGCGUAUGGGUUGUAUUUAAUCAUAUAUGGCUUUAUAAUGAAAAAACAUCACCUAUCUAUGAAAUAUGUUCAAAACUUGCUGAACUAUUUGUUGAAUCUAUUGAUCCUGUUCUACAAACAUUAGGUUAUUGUUGUGGUCGUCAAUAUGUAUAUUUAACACCAGUUAUGUUAUGUUAUGGCAAGGAACAAUGUUGUCAAAUCUUACUUAAUGAUAAUUAUUAUUAUUAUAACAAUCUUGAACCAUCACGAUUAAAUUUAUCCAAUGAUCAAUAUAGAUUUUGCACGCAAUGUUUUAAUUCAAUAAAAAGUGAUUCGAUAUUUGUUGGUGAUGAUCUAACUCAAACAUUAGUUGAAAUACCAAAAUCAUUAUUUUUGUUGUCUAAAAAAGAUUUAAAAGAACCUGAAAAAAUGAUUGAUUGUAUUGUCUGUGCACGUCGUUGGCAUCAAGUAUGUGCAUUACAUUUAGAUCAAAUAUGGUCUGAAGGGUUUAUAUGUAAUACAUGUAUACGUGAAUAUAAUAUAAAACGUAAAGAAAGUCCUUAUACAUCAUCAAAAUUACCAAUAAAUGAUUUAUCAUCACAAUUAGAAAAACGUGUUAAUAAAUUUUUAAUAAAUGAAGGUUGUCAAACAGGUCAUGUUACAAUUCGUGUAUUAGCUGCAAGUGAUAAAAUAUGUAAUGUAAAACCACAAUUAAAACAAUAUUAUCCAAAUCAAGCAAAAUAUAGUUAUCCAUAUCGAACAAAAGCUAUAUUUGCUUUUCAAGAAAUCGAAGGUGUUGAUGUUGUUUUCUUUGGUAUGUAUGUACAAGAAUAUGAUGAAAAUUGUCCUGCACCAAAUACACGUCGUGUUUAUAUAUUAUAUUUCGAUACAAUACAUUUUUUUCAACCGAAAAUUUAUCGUACAGAUGUUUAUUAUGAAAUUUUAAUUGGUUAUUUGGAUUAUACUAAACAACAUGGAUAUAUAUAUGCUCAUAUAUGGGCUUGUCCAGUAAGUGAAGAUGUUGAUUAUAUAUUUUAUCGUCAUCCAUGCGAACAAAAUAUACUAAAGCCAAAAUGUCUGCAAGAUUGGUGUAAAAAAAUGCUUGAUAGAGCAAUUGCAGAACGUGUGGUUAUUAGUUAUAAGAAUAUAAUGCAAGAUUGUUUGGAUAAUCAAAUACAAACAGUUCUUUACAUUCCGUAUUUCGAUGGUGAUUAUUGGCCGAUUAUGAUUGAAAACUAUAUUGAAAAACUUGAUCAAGAAGAUCGAAGAAAACAAGAAGUUGAAGACUUAGAUGAUCCUAUUGAAUCAGAACAUCCGGCAUUCUUUGUUAUUCGUUUUCAUAAUGAAAUUCCAUCCCAUCCAGCUGUCAAUGAUAUUAAUGAUCUAAUUGAAUGUGAUCUAAUGGAUACGGGAAAUGUAUUUUUAAGUUUUGCUUGUGACAAAAAUUAUGAAUUUUCUUCAUUACGUCGUGCAAAAUUUUCAACUAUGGGUUUAUUAUAUGAAUUACAUACGUCAACAACAGAAAAAUUUAUAUAUAGUUGUAAUACAUGUCGUCAACAAUGUGAUAUACGUUAUCAUUGUACAAUAUGUGAAGAUUUCGAUCUAUGUGAAAAAUGUUAUAAUAUGAAACCAAAACAUGAACAUAAUAUGGAACGUCCGAUAUCAUAA